AUGUCUACGUUGUCUAGGCCACUCUCAACCUCGACGGCGACUACCACCACAACAACGACAGCCCACACGGGCACCUCUCACGGCUCACCGAAAGAGAGCCGACGAAACAUGACUCCCUCACCGGAGCACAAUGACGGCGACACGAACGGGCUGCCUGCUCCAGCCCAGGCUGCAGUUGCGGCGCGCGCGACGCUGAACAGAAAGCUGAGCUACCGCGCACUGCACACGUCGCCGUCCUUCUUCUCGAUCAACAUGGGAACGGGCAUCGCCUCUAUUCUCCUGUACAACUUCCCCUACCAUGCGCGAUGGCUUCGCAUUCUCGGAGACAUCGUCUUCGUCCUGAACGUGGUCAUCUUCGUGGUGCUCCUCUUCCUGACGGCGUACCGGUAUCUCAAGUUCAAGAACAGCUUCCGCAUCACGCUCGAACACGUCACAGCGAGCAUGUUCUGGGGCUGUUUCCCCAUGGGCUUUGUGACGAUUGUGAGUGAAACUGACAAACAGAACAUGGUCGCGUUCUCUUGUGUACCUGCCUGGGGCAGGAACUGGGCACGACUCGCGCUGGGUCUGUGGUGGAUCGACGUCGCAGUCGCCAUCCUCGUGAACCUCGGCAUGGUCUUUGUCAUGUUUGUCCUGCAGACGCACGCCGCGGCCGUGAUUGCGCCGACGCUCCUGCUUCCUAUCGUGUCCACCGUCGUCGCGGCAGCCUCCGGCGCCGUCGUCUCGACAGCCAUGCUGCCUUACGACCCGGCCCUGGCCCGCUCGACGCUCUACACCGCCUUCGUGGUAUGGGGCACCGGCGUCCCACUCGCCAUGAUGAUGAUCACCAUCAUCAUGUACAAGACGAUCACGGUCGGCCCUCCGAAACUCGGCGCGGUGAUGGCCUCCUUCCUACCCCUUGGUCCCUGCGGGCAGGGUUCUUACGGUAUCGCCUCGCUGGGCCAGACGGCGCGCAAGCUCGUGUGGGAGUACAACACGCCUCUCCUGCCCAAGCUGAGCAUGGACGCGAACCGCUCCAUCUCGGACGGGAUCUAUGGCGGCUGCCUCGUCGCGAGUCUGAUUCUGUGGGGCCUCGCGCUGUGCUUUUAUGUUCUUGCCUUUGCGCAGGCGCUCUACGCGCUGAGGAAGAACUGGGCCUGGCUCGGCGCGAACAAGUUCCACGUCGGGCUGUGGGGCAUCACGUUCCCCAUCGGAGUCUGGGCCACGGCGACAAUCACGCUCGCCGACGAGCUCUCCUCCCCGGCCUUCAAGGUGAUUGGCGCCUUCCUCGCCGCGCAAGUGGUGAUGCACUGGCUCUACGUCAUGGUGCUGACGACGUGGACGGGCUUUGACGGGCGGUUCUUCCGCGCGCCCGAGAUCCAGGAGUCGCCCGACGGCGUCGUCGAGCGUAUCCUGUGGCAGGCCAAGAAGGACCGGGCCGAACAUGGCCUCACGCGGCAUAUUUCCAGACAGGACAUUGAGGCGGGACACACGUUCAGCGAGACCGCGCACAGGGUCGCGAGUCUCUUCUUUCGUGGCUUCUCUUCUCGACGUCCUCUUCACACCCCCUUCUCCCAGCUCACUGCCACCGCUCUCUGCUCACAGACAUCGGCUCGCUCCGCUCGCCUAGGUGUGGAGGGCCGAGACGACGGCGGCAAUGCUAGUCCACCACCAACCGCGGUACAGGGCCUGCCACCCCUCCUCGUCGACAAUCUUGCGCACCGCGUCCCUGAACCCGGUAUAGGGAUCCGUGGUGGGGCGGAGGCCGACGACGUCCUCGUCCGUGCCGGCGAAGCGGAGGCCCUCUGGUGUAUCUCCGUCGGGGUCCUCGACGCUGACCUCCCCGCCCUGGUUGGGCUGGACCGAGAGCUUGGUGACGACGACGUCGAUGGGGGUGAUCCACGCAGCACUCAGCGCCUGGAAGAGGGCAAAGGCGAGGAGGCCGCCGAAGGACGCGGCGCGCAGGUCGUUGCCGGCCAGCAGGCGGCGCAUCACGAUCAUGAGCGGGAGACAGGCGCAGCGCAGCGCCACGCCCGUCAUCAUGCCCGGCGUCGCGAAGAGGCGCACGGGGUUCUGCAGCUCGUGCGGCGAGAGGAGGAUGCGGAGCGACUCGCGCACAUUCGCUGGAAGGCGGUACGGCGUGAUGAUCGCGCGGUUCACGAUGAUGCUCGCCGGCACGUUGACGAUGCCCAGGAUCAGCGUACCGACCAGGAUCGCGAAGCCGCCCGCCACCUUGACGUUCUCCGGGUCCGUCUUCUUGCCCCCGAUCAGGCCGCCGCCGAUGAGCAGGAUCGCGACGGAAGAGUUGUGCACGUUGAUAGACAGCUUACCCUUGUACAGACCGUACCAUCCCUCCAGGCGCUUCGUGCGGAGGAGCGUGUCGUAGAUGCCGACAAGGCGAGGUCCGACGCUGCUGUUAGCUAA